AUGACGGCGCCGACCAUCCUCGCCAGUCCGUCCAGCGAAUUGCUCUUCCCUACCGUCUCUUCGCCGGAUCUCUGGAGGACUCAAGUCAUGCAUUAUUCCAGCUCCGUCCCUCGGCACAUCAGCCACCGGGCCAACAACUUCAAACGGCAUCCAAAGCGGAGGAAAUCUAUCCGGCCUUCUCCGCCGCCGCCUCCUAACACCCCCUGUCCUAAGGACCGGGCCCCCUUCGCCGAGAUCCACCCGGAGAGAUCUUUUUUGGAACUGCUGUUCAACGGGUGCAUCUUGUUCGGGAUCGAGUUCAGCUACGCCAUGGAGACCGCUUACGUCACGCCGGCCCUGCUUCAGAUGGGCCUGCCCGAUCAGCUGUACGGGAUGGUGUGGUUUAUCAGCCCAAUCCUGGGUUUCCUGCUGCAGCCCUUACUGGGAGCUUGGAGCGAUCGGUGCACCUCCCCGAUGGGCCGGCGGAGACCUUUCAUCCUUGUUCUGGCGAUCGGGGCGUUGGUGGGACUCUCCCUGAUGCUGAACGGCCAGGAUAUCGGCGCUGCCAUCUCAGACACGGGCAACAACCACGAAUGGGGCAUCGCGCUGACUAUCUGCGGUGUCAUCUUGAUGGACUUCUGUGCCGACUCGGCCGACAACCCCAGCCACGCUUACAUGAUUGACGUCUGCCGCCCGUCGGAUCAAGACCGGGCGGUCAACAUUCACGCUCUUUUAGCUGGACUCGGUGGCGGCUUUGGCUACGUCGUGGGUGGAAUUCACUGGAACGGCACCGCCUUCGGGAAGGCCGUGGGGGGACAGCUGCGCGUCAUCUACAUCUUCACUUCCAUCACCCUGACGCUUGCCACCGUCUUGACGUUGGUCAGCAUUCCCGAACGCUCCUUGCCGUCUUUCGUCAAGGAGAAGAACAUUAUGAAGAGCCCAAAUCUGACCCUCCCGCCUUCUCCCCCAUUGCUUUUCGAGGAGUGUCCCCCGGAUAGCCCUGCGGGGUCCCAAAACCCGGCCCGUAUGUAUGCCAACUUUACCAGCCCCAUGUCUCCACUCAGCCCCCUGACCCCGAAAUACGGGAGCCUGAUCAGCUGGGAUAACUCGUUGACGGGGCUCAAUGAUUUCGCCUCCUCCUUCGGCACCUCGAAUAUCGACAGCGUCCUCAUCGACUGCUUCACCAGCGGAACCGACGGCUACCUGUCCAUCCCGGGAAGCUUACCAGGGCAGAGUGUCGGUGUCAGCGUCAGCCUGCCCCGAGCUCCAGAGGGGUUACAUUGUCCCGAAAACGGGGCGUUGGAGAGCAGAGAAAAUGGCAGGGAAGGACACAGAGUGGGGUCCUUGGACAUGAUAAAGCCCCAUUCGUCGGGGAUCCUGAAACGGCCGCAGACUUUGGCAAUUCCGGAUAUCAUCACUGGGAACCUUCCAGAAAGCACACGGCGGAGGAAUGUCACCUUCAGCCAACAGGUAGCAAAUAUUUUGCUGAACGGAGUUAAGUACGAGAGCGAAUUGAAUGGCUUGAAUGAUGUCCCUGAACAGCCGCUGUCAAUCAAACUCCUGUGUUCCACCGUCUGUCACAUGCCAAAAGUUCUUCGCAAUCUUUGCAUCAACCAUUUCCUAGGCUGGCUGUCCUUUGAAGGGAUGCUGCUUUUCUACACUGACUUCAUGGGGGAGGUGGUCUAUCAGGGGAACCCCAAAGCCCCCCCGGAUUCAGACGAGCACCAGAGGUACAACUCCGGCGUCACCAUGGGGUGCUGGGGCAUGUGCGUCUACGCCUUCAGCGCGGCGUUGUAUUCAGCCUCCCUUGAGAAACUCGAAGAAUAUUUCAGCAUCCGCACACUGUAUUUUAUAGCCUAUUUAGUUUUCGGCCUGGGCACCGGUCUGGCUACCUUGACCCGGAAUAUCUACGUGAUCCUGUCGCUCUGCGUCACUUACGGCGUGUUGUUUUCCACCCUUUGCACACUCCCUUAUUCCUUGCUGUGUGACUACUAUCAAAGUAAGCAGUUUGCCGGCACCGACAAAGACGGCACUAAACGAGGCAUGGGUGUUGAUAUCUCCCUCCUGAGCUGUCAAUAUUUCCUGGCCCAGAUUCUGGUCUCGAUCGUCAUGGGUCCUUUAACGGCCGCGGUGGGCAGUGCCAAUGGAGUGAUGUACUUUGCCAGCGUGGUUUCUUUCGUGGGCUGCCUGUAUUCCUCGCUCUGCGUCUUUUACGAAAUGCCCCCAGGGGAGGAACUGGCUGAAGAACAGCAGCCUCUGAUGUUGAGCAUAUGAACGAGUGCA